AUGUACGACACCACAACCAAGGAAGCAAAAGGGAUCCUGCGAGGGGCGACCUCUAAUAGGGCCCCUGGGAUCGCCGCCGCCUCUGGGAAGGCCCCUGGGAGCCCCACCAACCGUGGGAGGGCACCAGGGGGCGCCGCCGCCCUUGGGAGGGCACGGGGGACUCCACAGUUCCUGGAAGAGGUCCUGGGGGUGCCACAGCUAAUGGAUGCUGCCACCCAGAGGCCCAAAGUGCCCAUCCCUGGUGGCACCUGCGCCACGCCGCCCCUGGAAGGCUCAGGUGGGGGCCACCACCACCCUGGGAGGACCCCAGGUCUGCCCACAAUGGUGGAUUCUCAGCGCCCCCACCCAUGGUAUGGUUCUGGGGGGCCACUGCACCCUGGCAGGGUCCCUGGGAUUGCCGCCACCCCUAAGGAGGACCCGCCUCCCGUGGUAGGGCCCCUAAAGACGCCGCCACCCUUGUGA